AUGGCGGUAGCCGGGCUUCGGUACCUCGCCGCGUACGAGGUUGUCAUCUGCGUCGAGUGCCAGACCUGCCUCCUACCUGGCCGCAGCAGCCAGGAGCGACACCUGAGGCAGCCACCGCACUCCUCGAGAGGGCCUCAGCUACAAGCGCUGCUCGAUCUCCUCGUCACAUACCAGCUCCAAGCGCCAAAUCAGGCCGCCCUACCAUUCCCGCCUAGCCCGGCCAUCGAGGGGCUACGCUGUUAUGAUGCCUUCGCGUGCAGCCUUUCGCCACCAAACAAAGCGCUAGACGACAAGGACACGGCCUUAUUUAGAGAGCUCGAGCAAGACAACAACCGGGCAAAACGUGACCUUGUAGAGCAGGCUAGCGUUGUCCAGGACUUUAGCGAUUCUAGGUCAGCUCGAGUACCGUGGCUCGAGCGGACCGACUUCCCCUCGCAUUUAGCUAAGCUAAAAGACAAAGAGAUUAAAAGCUCGUACGCCCUGCCGCCAAAGAAGGUGCUAGAUGCCGGCGCCGAUGCUAAGGACGAUAUCGAAGAGGAUGCGGCCGCUCUGGACCUUAAUCUCAUUCGCAUUCUAGUCGCAGCUAAGGCCGUCCUACGGGACGCCUACCGGCUAUACAGCGAUACCUCUUCAGACCGCAAAAUGACUCAGUAG